AUGUUGGUCGUGAUUGUUCUAGGAUUUUUGCUAUAGGGACGCAUGUUGCUUGGCCUACACGUUGGGUAGUGAUGAAAAAUGAGAAGCCUCAAAGGAAGAAAAGUAUUGCAAAAAGAAGUAAUCCUGUCUUGCCAUCAAAUGUGCCACGGUCAUUACAUUUAUUGUACUGUUACUCUAUGCGUGUUUUGGACAGCCCUGAAAAAACUAUAUCAAUUAUUUUUUAUCAUGAUUUCUUUGACCAUGAGUACGAACUGCUAGUGAACAUUGAAGAUAUCACACCUUUUUAUGAGUUGGAGUCAAUAUCUGCUAAUUGUCUGGUUGCUUACAUGUGGUUUCUCUUCAAAAAGAUGAAAAAAGAAAACAAGGUUGAUAAGUUCAGAUUUGUGGAUCCACAAACACUUCCAGUACAUGUGGUAAGUUUUCGCAUCACUCAUUUAAUCUAUGUGCCUGUUAGUGAUUGCUUGAGAAUAAUGAAAUGAAGAGCUUGUAAAGACAUUUUGUGUAUGAUCCAUAGUAUAUUGAUAUACAAAACAUCUAUAUACUGCAGUUUGAUUUCUUAAUAGUUUGCUCUAUAUACUUUUGCUUGGAUGAGCAGUGCAAAUUACCCGUGAAUUGCAUGUGCAUUGCAGCUAAAUUUGUUAGAUUUUCUUUUUGUAUUGAUGAAAUGGAAUGAAAAAUCUAUUUUUCCAGCUAGAAUGUAGUGAAUGUUAUAGCUCUUAAUCUACGCUUAUUUGAUUGACACUUUGGUUCUUUUAAGUGUCCUAUGUAAUAAUUAAAGCUGUGCGUAUGUGAUUUCUAUUUUGAGGAAUUUGUGGAAUUGUUUUAGCUCUACAAACAAUUCACCCUACCAUAACUCAUCAUGAUGAUCCAAUUCUUUUUGUUCAAGUUUUAAUUGGAAGAUUUUGAACCCAUGUUUUUUACUUUCACUUAUGCGGCUUUUGUCAUGGGUCUGUUUAUUGCAGAUCAAUUUGCAGCUCCUAGCAACUUGUUACUUGCAAAAUGGAAAAGUAUAUUGUGCAUACCAAAUUCU